AUGCGACUCGCCUGUCGCAGGGGGUGCGACUCUUUCACCGAGGUGAAACGGCUUGCCAUCUAUAUUAACGCUAUAAAGGUCAUGUUACGACUCUUGCAUGUGAUACAUAGGCACCAGGGGAUCAAGCUUUCAGAUAAAGGGGAGCUGGCUGAUGAUGAGCCUACAGAGAAUGGAGUUGUGCUGUCUGGUGGAGGAGGACACUUUGAAGAGGCAGUGGUUGCGAUGCAGUCUCUGGGGACCAAAAAUGAAGAGCCAGGAUUGCUUCGCUCCGCCUGCCUUACAGACCCCAACCCUGAUCUGGAACCAUAUGCUGACCCGGAACCUGAGCUAGAACCCAAUCUAGCACCUGCUCUAGACCCAAUGAGAGGGCUAGAACCCAAUCUAGAACUUGCUCUAUGUCCAGAACAAAGAAGCAGUCCAAACAAAACCAGCAGUCCUAAAGCAGCAAGGAAGCCUGAACCAACAAACAAGCUAAACCGCAAUUACACUCUGGAAGCAUCCAAUGACCUGGAAACCAAUCUAGAACAACAAGAACAAAAAAUCGAGCUAGAACCUCCUGUAGAACCUAAGUCACAACACUGGAAGAUGCGUAUGAAGCACCAUAGCUGUGAAUCAGUGCAUGUGGAGACGGUUCUUGCUCUCAGUGCAGCCUUGGUUGUUGCUCAGAUUGUGCUUGCUCAGUGGAAGUAAAGACACUGUUGAACAUACAAGUUAGUCACACUGCUGCAGAUGUGGGUUGUUCCUCUUUAUUUCACCAUCAGAAUUUACUGGUGGAGAACCCUGUCCAUGCAGGGAAUGCUCUCAAUUAUUGCCAGUUACAUCAUUUUCAGAACAACCUGCAAGACUCUCUCAGGAAAAAUACCACGAUUGGUGUACAAAUGGUUCCUUCUGACCUAUGUACUGAGUUGUGCAAUUCGAAUUGUGGGUUAUCAAGCCCUAAUCUUUAUCAUGUCUGGAUUUAAUUUUUUUAUUUACAUAGCUAUUUUUGGUUACAACAUCAGUGGCAUACCAAGAAGAAAUUUGGCCAAUGACAUCUGCGCACUCCGCGGGCAGAAAAUUUUUGUGGAUAUAAAUGAAGAAGGGAUCAUUGAAAAUACCUACCAGCUGUCCUGUAAUCAUGUCUAUCCUUUCCAUGAAUUCUGCAUCUGUGGUUGGUGCAUUGCUGGCAAGAACCAGAAUUGCCCAUACUGCCCUGAAAAAGCUGAUUUGAAGAGGAUGUUAAGCCCAAAUCUUUAAACCCGUGUAUUGUAUGGACAACUUUUCAACAGGCUCUGCUAUCUGGUGGUUUGGCAACAAGUUGCUGUAGGCAUCAUCCAAGGCAUUAAUUACUCACUGGGUCUAGAGUAG